AGUUAAAGCUGAGAAAAUUAUCAACCGAAAAGUGUCGAUCGUAUAAUAUCGUCCUUAUAUUCCUGAAAAUAUUGAGAAGAGGUAUUGAAAGGAAUUAAUCUCCGAUUUGUCCGAUAAGAUUAAUAUAAUCAUGAUAGUACAUGGUUGUAUCGCAAGAUGAUUUCCAACGACGAAAGGUGUCGGGACUUGAGUAAAAUCAGUUUGUUGACCGGUGAUCGAUUGACGAUGAGCAAAGGAGAAAGAACGUGCAUCCCGCCACGGGAGACUUCGAUGCCUCCGUCCGGAAAAUCUCGGCGCGACUGAUGCAGUCACCCGGUUGCGAUCCUCUGUCUGUCGCCGGUUGACCGAUCAACAGACGUUUCCUCCGAGUCAUCGGGGGGUGGAGAUAUCUCUUGUGUCGCGCGCAGACAACUCUUUCGUUAGAAAUUGUGACGAGGAUAAUUCGCGGCGAUCCUGCUUGAAAGAAAGAUUGGAGUUUCUGAAACAUUCGAACUCGUAAACUAGUGGAGAUUAAAAUGAGAUUCGAGUUUGCAAUGCGGAUUUGAGUUUGUAAAGUUUCCUUCUGUGAACUGUGAUAAUUCUGUAAGGAGCAGACUGUAAGGAAUAACUGUGAUAACGGUAUAAACAUAUAUAUUAUUCUUAAUGUAACGCAGUGAAUUUGAAAGAGAAAAUAGACAAGAGUAAAUUAGCUGAUAAUCGGAUACAACUCGACGACGACGAUUACGGCUACGAUGAUGAUGUAUGAACGAAUCGUUUCACCAAAGUCCCAUGAACCGACUUGGAGUCAAGGUUGGGACUAACCAUGUCCUCUAAGAGGCAUCGUGGGCGAAUAUUAAGUGUAGAUAACAAAAUUGUACAUGAGGGCCAUAAUAGAUAGGAUGAGCGCAUCUCGACAUAACGAAGCGCGUUGCUUCAAUGAAAACUCUCCUCGACCACCGGUGCCAGGAGAGGAAACAGGAAGCUAUGUCAGCCGGAUCCGUCCACAGAGUCCCGCUUUGACACCUAGACGUUCUUCUUUCGCGACACUGCACGCCUCCAGCGGUGAUUGCGAUGCUUCCGCGCCAUUGGGAUUUGAGCCGGAGGGUUGUUGCGGAACCACUACCAUGGAGAGCAAUUUGCGUCCUGCUCACGAAAGAUGGGCGGACAAUCUGCACUCCCUGUUAGAGGAUUCGGUGGGUCUAGAGCUAUUUAAGAGGUACCUGGAUGAAGAGGGGCACUUGGAUCCGCUCAUAUUUUGGUUUGCCUGCGAGGGUCUCAAACAACAAGUAGAUGUUGGGAAGAUCCCGCAACUGGUGAAGCUCAUCCAUCAGAGGUUUUUUCGCAAAUCUCGAUUAACCAUACCGGAAAAUGUGAUGAAGGAAGCAGAUCGGCGGGUCAAGGAAGGCCGCGCCGAUCAAAAGGUAUUCGACAUCGUGCAAUUGGAAGUCGAGCGGCUGAUCAACGAGACGACGUAUCCCAACUUCUUCAAGUCCGAUGUAUACCUCCACUAUGUUCAAUCCUGCCAGAAUACCAAUUCAGGCGGUUGCCCGAGUUCGAGUUCGGGCAGUCGCGAGAUGUCCAUCUCUUGCGGGCCGAGUUUACUGCCCACCGUGCACGAAGACAGCGAAUACGUCGACAUCAUGCACAAUUCGCACUCGACCGGCGGGACAUGCGGAGAAAUGAGAGAAUUAAGAUUGACCAAAGAUGUCCUGAUGGCUACCCAACAAAGUAGAGCGAUGGAUCUACGACCGAGGCCAGAGGCGUACGCCGGCAUUUACUUGCAACAUGGGGCUAGUCCAUAUCACAUGCACGUAUCCAGAUUGCACGCACAAUAUUCCUCCUACAAUCCAGUAUCCAGACAGGAUUCUGAGCUUCAGAGUUUGAGCAGUGAUGCACGUACCGAAGUGGACAAUAUGUCCCUCAACGAUGGAUCCAUCGAUGGAAUGAGCGGUGGACAAAGGAGCAAAAAGCAAUAUGUGAAGCAAUCUAGUAGGGCAAUCAAAGAAUCCGCGAAUAUAAAUCGUGAGUCCAUGGUGCACCAUGUCGUCCCGCGAACCCAGCGUAUGGCGUCCCCGAAACAAAUGCCAGCGGAACAAUUCGCGGAAAUGCUCACGCAGAAACUGGAAAUUCUAGCACGAGAGCAAAAAAAUCAAGAGAAACUGGACAAGUGUUUGCAGCAAGGGAACGAUCUGUCCAUCGAUAAUGACAUAUCGUUAGAAGCGAUCAACGGAGCAGUCCAUAAGACUUUAGGUGAUGCGCCGAAGGAAAAAUUGCCCCUGGAGGAAGAUAGCGAUCAAGCGAUCCUCGAUGAACAUGUGUCUCGCGUCUGGUCGGACCAGACACCGUCGAGAACUCCCAGGCUCUCGCCUGAGAGGAGGCGUCCUGCGCACAAUUAUCCACGAUCUUACAAGCAGAGAAAAGAAAAAGACGUGGACUCCACAUUCUCAGUGGAUAGCGGUAAUAUCCACGAUUUCCAGGAUGGCAGCGAGCUCCUCGGGGCUAGUUCUAUGAGUUCGCUAGGCUCGCAUCUGCCCAAAUCUAAAUCCGUGCCAUGCGAUUAUGCCGAUUCCCUCCACAAGCAGGAUCUUUAUCUCCAAGGUCAUGAACAAAGAUUCCGAAGGUCAGACAUGACAAGACGAUCAGCCACAAAGAAGUCAAUGGCAGAAUUAACGGACAGCGGGGUGAGCGUCGUCAGCGACGUGCCGCCUUCCAUAAAUAAGGAUAUUCGUCUGAUACCCCGGUUCAAGGAAACAGACAAGAAGGUGGACUUGAAACACAGUUGUCGUCACGGUAAGAGAUAUGGUUCGCGGAGCGGAUCCUUGGAAAGGCCAAACAGAGAAACAUGGAGCAUGGGUGUACCUGCUCAACCGUUUGUUGCUGAUCCAGGAAUGCCACCUUUAACACCACCUCAUACGGAUAUACAACUAGAGGAGACAUGCAGGAGAUUAAAAGAGGAAAAUAGAAUGCGCGCUAGUUGCAAGCAACGACCUUUGAAUGUUUCCAAACAGACGUACGAGUCCGCGUCGCAGAGUCAACCGUACGUUCAGUCCAAUCAAUCUACAUUGAGGAAACCGAAGCAGGAUGCAGGCGAUUUUACCAUUGUUGUGUUCAGUUUCUGUGACGAGCAGUUUCCAUACAGGACAAAGAUUCCUGGUCACAACGUCACUUUGAAACAGUUCAAAGAGUAUCUUCCGAAGAAAGGGAGCUACCGAUACUUCUUUAAAACGGAAUGCGAGGACUUGGAUAUGAAAGUUAUACAGGAAGAGAUAACGGAUGAUACCGAAGUUUUGCCAUUGUGGGAAGGUAAAGUGAUGGCGCAAGUUAAAGCGCUCGAGUAAUAGACUGAAUAGAAAAAACUGAGCGAGAGAAAAACAUGCACGAUUUUUAACCAAGUGCCGCAAUAAAUAUUUAAGAGAUUCUACCGAUACACACACACACACACACACACACACAUACACUCUAGACCGGCAAAUCGCGCUCGGUAUUUAUAUAUAUAUAUAUAUACAUAACAUAUUAACGCUUGUCACGCGGCCUCCAUCUUUCAUAAUUGCCUAAGAAAAUAGUUUUAAUUGAUAGAAAAAGAAAUUAUCGAAUCGAGCAAUAUCGUUGCACGAAUGAACGCUGCGAAAAAGGAAGAAAUGGCCUCGUAUUAAAUUGUGAAUCGAAUGUCCUCGAAACAAUGUUAUAUUCUUCUUUUCGUUGCCUGCUUCCAAUUUUGCGUCAGAAUCAUUUAGACGCAUCUAAAGCAGACAAGAGCGUUCUUUUUUAUCUUCUCUCUUUGAGAUUAUUUUAUCAACAAAUUUACGCAGCUCGUGCGCGACAGCGCUUUAAUGUACAUAAAUUAGUAUGUAGUGUGAGUUUCACGACAGGGCGACGACAUUACGUCAGUACGGACUUUGCCAAGCGAAAUUAUUUGCCGUAAUUCCGUCUGGUUUGGUAUCAACGUCACUUUUACGGGGCAAUUUGGAAAAGAACGGCAACAAAAGCGCGUCGAAUCGUACCGUAUAUAUAUUGCGACCGGUUAAACAAUUUCUUCCUCUCGCAGACUUCCCAUAGUUUUCCAAACGACUGUACAAAGGUAGUGAUCGUGUAAUUGAUCGCCUUAGUAAGGUCCGCGCAGGCACUAAAUUUACAUAGGUGAGAAUAAUCACAAAUUGGCGUUUAAAAUAUUACGUGUAUUUUACACGAAUAAGACAUUGCGCGUCUUGCUUAAUGCACAUAAUAUAUUUUACGCGAUGCAACGUGCAAUGUGGGGAAUAUAAAAUUGAAAAAAAAAAAAAGUUAUGAAAAUCAUAUUUUUUUUCAUAUUUUAUUGUGCCACUAUUAUCGUUGUCAUUGUCAAUCAUCCGACAUUGCGAAACAAGCUCAUCAAAUAUAGAGC